UCCAGCUCCACCUUCUUGUCACUCUGGAUGAGCUUGGUGACAUAAUGCCGCAAAACUCCAACUAAAAAUGUGAUGAAGACAAUCGGCAACACGACCCACACACGGAUACUGGAGUCCAACAGCAGCUCGGGUCCUGCCAUUGAUCUGUGAUUAUUCACUUCACACAAUGACCUCUGGAAAGCCUAACAUUAGUGAAAAAGUCCUGCAGUAUGAAUCCUUUAUCAAUGAUGUCCUGAAGCGAGAUUUACAGAAGGUUUUGGAGCAGAGAGAUGGCGUGUAUGAAAAAAUAGCACAAUACCUUCAACUGAAGAAUACAAUUAAAAGUAUACAGGAAACUGGCAGCAAAGAACUGAAGACGGAUGUUGAUCUCGGCUGUAAUUUCUACGUUCAGGCUCAUGUGCCUGAUACUUCCAAAAUCUUCGUUGCUGUUGGAUAUGGAUUUUUUCUCGAAUUGACUCUUUCGGAAGCACUGACCUUCAUAGAGAAGAAAACCAGCCAGCUUACAGAGUACAGUGAGGUUCUUACCAAAGAUGCAGCAAAGAUCAAAGCACACAUUCGCGUGGUUUUGGAGGGCGUAAGGGAGCUACAGGGUCUGAAAGAUCUUCCUGAGACGACGAGACGGGAGGUGUUUUAAGUACCUCACAGCGGCGCAUUGACAUCCUUUCUGCCUUCUAAUACGCAACACACGGCUCCAGCGUGUUUGGGCUUUGUACUGUAAAGUGAUAUGUAUGUCAAUGGCACUUUUUUUUUAACAGGUUUUACUGUUAUGUUACAAAAUGGAUUCAAUAAAGUGCAGCUUAUUUUGACUAGCUGUGACUACAGUAAUGAUCUUUUAGUGACUGUGAAGAUGCCUGCCUGAGAUGGUGACUAAUUGCUUUUUGCAAAAAUAUAUGACUCAUAAGCUUUGGUAAUGAUGUGGACUCUUGAUGUAGUCACCAGAUUAUUAGGCAUCGUGCGUUUCAUCUGUGCGUACAGACCAUACUCAACACCUUCUUACUUCUCAUGUAAAUCCCAGAAGAGAAUCAAGCAUGGAGUGUUAUAUGCUUGUAUUGUGAGUCACCUUGAAUAAAAGUGUCUGUCCAAUGAA